GUUUUGUAAUAUGUAAGUAUUUGAAUUAAAUUAAAAUUGAGAAGAUAUUUAAGUUUAGUGUUAAAUCGACAGAAGUUUGGUGCAGCAAUACAUUUCAUUGUGAUUUUUUUCUUUGGUUUAUAGUUUAGUAACAAUGAAGCCACUAGUAAUCUUAUCACUUAUACUGACAGUAGUUACAAGUUAUACAGUAAAAACUUGGACGUUAUCAGAACUUAAGAAAGCGCUUGAGAACCCCUACUAUGAUGCUGAGGAGAGAGUGUAUCUGGAGUCAGCGCUCAAUAGGAUCAUGUAUGGAUUGAUAUCAGACGAAGAUUAUAUACAUGGAGCAUUGCCAUCUCCAACAGGCGAAGAUACGUGGACUUUGAAGCAGCUAAGAAAGGCUUUGAUAAAUACUAUCGAUUCUGAUGAUGAACAGGCAUCACUUAAAGAAGCACUGAAAUUUCUACAGCGUAAAGAACAAUCUGGGACAGGCGAUGAUUCAGUGCAGGUGUUAAUCGCUGCCAUGGAUAUAUCGACCUGGACUGGAGCAGAAUUGAUUGGGUUCUUGACUUAUGGUGACGUCAAUCCAGCUGCCGUUCCUUACCUGGAGAACGCUUUGAACGAUCUGGAUCAAAAUUACUAUAACGAGGACACCAUCACCAUAGUAACUCCAGUUUGCUUCUUCGAGCUUGAUCAAGAUGACUGCUGGUUACGACAACCGAAAUAUUAUUAUAACAUAGAUUGAUUGGAACUAAUAUUGGAUGAAGAAAGACCAAAACGAAAUAAAAAUCUAUGUA